CGCUACAGCAGCAGCACAUUAGAACAUGGCCGUCAAUAUGGAGUCAUUUACCUGAGUGCAUAAUAACGGUUGUAACAAACACUGAGAUUAUCCUAUUGUUUAUUGUUCGAGUGUCCUUUGGUUAAUUUCGGGAGUUUUCAAUUUUAUUGUUAUAACUACCGUAUCGUCUAUUCUCUCAUUAAGAAUUGAUUUAUAAUGGAUUUAUCCCUAAUCUGAGGGCUAACUUUGAGAACAUCCAUUUCAUUGUACUCAUUGUUCAUUGCAGCUUUAAUGUAAAUUGCAUUGGACCUUCGAACACUUAGUAAACAUUUAACAAAUUUUACCAUUGUAGUAUUCCCAUUAUAAGUGUUGUGCUCUGAAAUUCUAUGAACAAUGUCUACUACGGCACGGCCAACAUUUGAUGGAGCACGCGGAGGACAAGGAAGAGGUGAAAAAGAUUUAAGUGCAAUUUCUAAACAAUACAGCAGUCGUGAUUUGCCUUCUCACACAAAAUUAAAAUAUAGGGAUUAUGGACAAGGAACUAUUGAAGAACUACGGAAUCGUGAUUUUCGUAAGGAAUUGGAAGAGCGAGAAAGAGAAAGAGAAAAAGAUAAAUCUGGAACUAGAAGAAUGAUUGAGCCCUCACGAGAGCCAACAGCUCCAACGCCUAACAAAAGACAGAAAGUAGACCAAGCACCUAUCACAAGUUUAGAUGCUGAUGAUCCGAUUGAUGAUGAUGAAUCAGAUUCAUCAAGUGAUGAGGAUGAUGCAGCAUCACUUGUUGCUGAAUUACAGCGAAUCAAAAAAGAAAGAGCUGCUGAACAAGUUAAAAAGGAAAUGGAGAAAAAACAGGAAGAGGAAAGAAUUCGCAUGGAAAAUAUCCUUUCUGGAAAUCCCUUGUUAAAUUAUUCUUCUCAAGUUGUUCGCACAGAUAUGAAAGUAAGAAGACGUUGGGAUGAUGAUGUUGUGUUCAAAAAUUGUGCUCGAUCCGAACCGAAGAAAAAACACGACGUAUUUAUUAACGAUUCACUUCGAAGUGAAUUUCAUAAAAAGUUUAUGGAAAAAUAUGUUAAAUAAGAGUAUAUUGAUUAAUUUAAUAAUAAUCAUUAAAGAAUUGAAAAUUUUUUGUAAAUAACGCAAUAGUCAUUGAUCAGAAAUUCAAAAGAUGUUUUUUCAUUUCAUAAUUAAGAAUGUAAAAUAAGAUUUUAGAUUAAUAGCGAAUAAAUUACUCAUAAAAUUGGUGAACAACGUUAAUUAAACAAAUAAA